GGGAGCCGGCUUGGGCCCAGGGGGAGGCUCGAGGCGUGAGGUGCUUCCGGCUUGGCGGGCGGUGCGUUCUGGCAAGAUGGCAGCGCGCUGCUGCUGAGCGGCCGGAGGGGUUUUUGACCAUCAGGUAAAAAUCAUACUCAAAGGCAAAUCAACAACCCUGUACCCAAUACAUAGAUAUUAUAAGUUGGGAUCCAUUAUGAAGAUCUUCUGUGGAAGGGCCAAUCCAACAACGGGUGCAAUGGAGUGGUUAGAGGAAGAUGAGGAUUAUGACUAUCAUCAGGAAAUUGCAAGAUCACGCUAUGCAGACAUGCUGCAUGACAAAGACAGAAAUGUGAAGUAUUACCAGGGUAUCUCUGCUGCAGUGAGACGAGUGAAAGAAAGGGGUGAGAGAGCAAUUGUUUUAGACAUUGGGACUGGCACAGGACUCCUGUCUAUGAUGGCAGUUUCAGCAGGUGCAGACUUCUGCUAUGCUGUUGAGGUUUUUAAGCCUAUGGCUAAUGCUGCUGUGAAGAUAGUGGAGAAAAAUGGCUUUAGUGAGAAGAUCAAAGUUAUUAAUAAGCACUCCACUGAAGUCACAGUUGGACCAGAUGGAGACAUGCAGUGUCGUGCAAAUAUCCUCAUAACAGAGCUUUUUGACACAGAGUUGAUUGGAGAAGGAGCUUUACCAAGUUAUGAACAUGCCCACAAAUAUCUUGUACAGGAAGGAUGUGAGGCAGUGCCUCACAGGGCAACAGUAUAUGCUCAGUUAGUGGAAUCCAAAAGAAUGUGGUCCUGGAACAAGUUGUUUCCCGUUCACAUCCAAGCAGAGGAUGACAAGAAAAUUAUUGUCUCCCCUUCAGAAAUGGAGAACUGUCCUGGUGUUUCCUCUGUCUAUGAUAUCCAACUGAACCAGGUGCCUUGGAACGACUUCACUAUUCUCAGUGAUGUUGUAACAGUGUUCAGUGUGGAUUUCAGUAAACAAGUAAGCAGUGCGUCUGCUUAUCAUAGAGUGGUGUUGAAGCCUGUAAAGUCUGGCAUGGCACAGGUGAUCUUCUCUUGGUGGGAUAUUGACAUGGAUCCCUCUGGCACAAUAAAAUGUACAAUGGCACCAUACUGGGCACAACCCACUUCUCUUGAUAUCCAAUGGAGAGACCACUGGAUGCAGUGUGUAUAUUUUCUUCCAAAUGAAAAACCUCUUCUUCAGGGUGAGAUUGUGUAUUUAACUGCCUGUCGUGAUGAGUAUUCUGUGUGGUACAAGCUUCAAAAAGCAAGAGAUAAAGAAGAUAAAACAGAUGCCCAUGUUGCAAGUCCUGUUUGUAGAUGUCAGGCUCACCUGCUAUGGAAUAGGCCACGUUUUGGAGAACUAAAUGAUCAGAACCGAACAAAUGAAUAUAUCAAGGCUUUGAAGAAAGUUCUGAAAACAGAUAGUGUUUGUCUCUGCAUCAGUGAUGGCAGUCUGCUUCCUGUGCUGGCUCACUAUCUUGGAGCACAGCAGGUGUUUACAUUGGAGAACUCUGCAGUAUCUCACUCUGUCAUGGAGAAAAUUUUUAAAGCCAAUCAUCUAGAAGAUAAAAUUAAAAUAAUAGAGAAACGUCCAGAGUUGCUGACCCCUUCUGAUUUAGAAAAUAAGAAGGUCUCUGUUGUUAUUGGAGAACCUUUUUUCACUACAAGCUUACUACCUUGGCACAACUUGUAUUUUUGGUAUGCCAGAACAGCAGCGGCUAAUCAACUCGUCAGAAACAUCACUGUCCUGCCACAGUCUGCUUCCCUGCACAUGAUGGUUGUAGAGUUUAAGGACUUGUGGAGAAUCCGAAGUCCAUGUCGUACUUGUGAAGGGUUUGAUGUUCACAUUAUGGAUGAUAUGAUUGGGAAUUCUCUGAAUUUUCGAGAGUCCAAGGAGGCAGAGCCUCACCCACUGUGGGAAUACCCUUGCAAAUCACUAUCAGAUCCCCAGCAGGUCAUGACAUUUGAUUUCAGACAGACUGUACCACAGCACCGUCUCAGCACAGAGGGUUCCAUGAAGCUGUUACGGACUGGAAAAAGCCAUGGAGCCAUUCUGUGGAUGGUGUAUCAUCUGACUGCUGACAUCUCAAUUAACACAGGACUUGUGCAGAUUUCAAAUGAAAAGGGCAACUGCCAAUGGAAUCCCCACUGCAAGCAAGCUGUUUAUUUCUUCAGUUCUGUAAUUGAACCGGAAGCUGUGGCUGACCCUUCUAGUGCUAUUGCAUACUCUUUAAGUUUUGACCCAAAGACGGGCAAGAUUGCCAUGGAUUUUAAGCUAUUGCCAUAAACAUUCUGCUUUUACUUAUAAUAUUUUUUCUAAAUUAUAGUAAAUACAUUAAUUGAAAACAUG